AUGAGGAAGUCGUCGGCGAGCAAGGCUUCCGCUGGGAAGUCCGAUACUAAAUCUGGGGCAGUGAAAGCGAUCGAUCAGCGAUGUGAUUCUACAGAGGACAUCGAUGCGGGCGAGGUUAUGUAUGGCGAAAUUUGUACCCUGAAUGGUUCCAGAGCGGCGAAGUUGUGGCUGACCCUGGUGCUGAACGGUGUUCCGAUCCGGUUCGAGAUCGACACUGGCAGCCCCGUGAGCAUCAUCAGCGCGCAGCUUUUCCAACAGUACUUCAAGGAAUGCCAACUUCGCAAGUGUUCUUUGAAUCUCGUUAGCUACUGCGAUACCAACAUUCGUGUAUUGGGAGUCCUGGAAGUGACCGUCGAUUGCCGUGGGGUGCGAGCCACAUUGCCGUUGUACGUGGUGGAUUCUUCGAAGCAUCCGCUACUCGGAAGAGAGUGGCUCAAAGUGCUGAACGUCAACUGGAACGCGAUCCUGAAGAAGGAAGCUGCAGUGAACGUCAUUGACCAGCCGGUCGGUUCCCGCGAUACUGCUGAGCAGCUGAAGCAGAUUUUUGCGAAGUAUGCGUCGGUCUUCGAGGAUUCUAUGGGGAAAAUUGCAGCCGUUCAAGCGAAGCUGAACUUGAAGCCGAAUGCCCAACCUGUAUUUCUGAAAGCCAGGAAGGUCCCGUUCAACUUGCGAGCCACAGUGGACAAGGAGCUGGACAAACUGGAAUCCGAAGGUGUGCUUACGAAGGUGAGCCACAGUAACUGGGCCACGCCGAUCGUGCCAGUGAAGAAAGCUGAUAACCGUGUUCGAAUUUGCGGGGAUUAUAAGCAAACAGUGAAUCCUCAACUGAAGGUUGAUCAGCACCCCCUGCCAACGAUAGAUGAGUUGUUUGCGUCACUGGCGGGUGGUCAGAAGUUCACUAAAAUUGACCUUGUGCAGGCAUAUCUCCAGAUGGAGGUUGCGGAGGAGGAUCGAGAGAUGCUAACGUUAUCUACACACCGUGGGCUCUACCGUCCGAACCGUUUGAUGUACGGUGUAGCAUCUGCUCCGGCGAUUUGGCAGCGCCAAAUUGAAACGAUCCUGCAAGGCAUUGAAGGUGUCACUGUCUUCCUCGAUGACAUCAAGGUCACCGGGCCUACCGAUGCGAUCCAUUUGCAAAGGCUCGAAGAGGUCAUGCGCAGGUUGAGCUACUACGGCAUACGCGUCAACCGGAAGAAAUGCGAGUUUUUCACCGACCAGAUUGAGUACUGUGGAUAUCAAAUUGAUCAUGAAGGAAUACACAAGGUCCAGCAGAAAGUUGAUGCGAUUGUCAACAUGCCGCGUCCGAAGAACAAGGAUGAAGUACGCUCCCUUGUUGGACUCGUCAACUACUACGGCCGCUUCUACGAGAACCUCAGCACAGUGCUGUACCCGCUGAAUAACCUUUUGAAGAACGAAGUCCCAUUCGUCUGGACCAAAGACUGCGAGAAGUCGUUCCGGACCGUGAAGGAACAAAUGCAGAAGGAAAACUGUCUUGUGCACUAUUCGCCUGACUUGCCACUAGUGUUGGCCACCGACGCGUCUCCCUAUGGCGUGGGGGCUGUUCUGAGCCAUGUUUUCCCGGACGGCACCGAGCGCCCCAUACAGUUUGCUUCACAAACUUUGAAUCGUACCCAGCAACGGUACAUGCAGGUGGACAAGGAGGCCUACGCUAUCGUGUUCGGAGUGAGGAAGUUCUUCCAAUACCUCUACGGUCGGAAAUUCGUCUUGAUAACCGACAACCAGGCGAUUUCGAAGAUAUUCAACGAAAACAAGGGUCUACCAGUGAUGUCUGCACUUCGUAUGCAGCAUUACGCUACAUAUUUGCAAUCCUUCGACUUUCAGAUACGCUUCCGAAAGUCGGCGGAUCAUGCGAAUGCGGAUGCCCUUUCCCGAAUGCCGCUGCAAACCACGGAUCCUGAGAACGUGAUUGAGGAGUGCGACGUAGUGGAGAUCAACCAAAUAGAGACUUUGCCGUUAACCGCGGCGGAGCUUGCUGAGGCAACAGCUGCGGAUAAGUCUGUGACCAUGCUGAUCCAGGGACUCAAGCACGGACAGAGCGUCGACGGAAAGCACCGAUUCGGAAUCGAUCAAGCAGAGUUCUCGCUACAAAAAGGAUGUCUUCUACGUGGUAUUCGUGUCUACGUCCCAGCAGUGUUUCGCAAGCGAGUGCUAGCAGAGCUGCAUGCCACACACUUCGGCUCAUCCAGAACAAAGUCGCUUGCCAGGGGAUACUGUUGGUGGAACGGUAUGGACAAGGAGAUAGAGGAGAUGAUUGCCAGCUGCGCUGAAUGUCAGUCAGUUCGGCCGAUGCCCGAAAAAGUUCAGCCUCAUCAUUGGGAACCUGCGACAGAGCCGUUCCAACGCGUCCAUGCGGACUUCGCCGGUCCGUAUCUGGACUGCUAUUUCUUCAUCCUGAUUGAUGCCUACACAAAGUGGCCAGAAAUCAGAGUCUGCCGAUCCAUCACCGCAGAAAAUACAGAAAGCAUAUGUCGCGACAUAUUCAGCACAUUCGGCAUUCCCGCAGUAUUUGUCAGCGACCAUGGAGUGCAGUUCACAGCAACAUCAUUCCAGACAUUCCUGAAACAGAAUGGCAUCGUACACAAGAUGGGAGCUCCAUAUCAUCCCGCCACAAACGGACAGGCGGAACGCUAUGUUCAAACAUUCAAGCAAAAACUCAAGGCCCUCCAGUGUCCGAAAUCCCAGCUGAACGUAGAGUUGUCGAAGAUCCUGUUGACGUACCGCAAAACCAUACAUCCAGUGACCGGUCAGUCGCCAUCCAUGAUGAUGUUUGGCCGCCAAAUACGUUCGCGACUGGACUUGAUGCUGCCGAGAAGCACCGAAGAAACGCCUUCAACAUCGACGCCACGGGAAUUAGAAGCAGGUGACCGAGUUCGCGUACGUGAUUUUCUCACCAGCAAUAAAUGGCAAUUCGGCAGCGUGACUUCGAAGCUUGGUACCCUACGCUACGCGGUGAAGCUCGACGAUGGAAGAAUCUGGGAGAGGCACAUCGAUCACAUCGUGAAGGUCGGUGCAGCUCUAAGAUCACCAACAAGCAACGAAACAUCAGCGAGUGAACCUCAUCGUGUUGAACGCUAUUCAUCGACAGCAACGACGACUGCGGAGCCAUCUGCCAUUGCUCCACCUUUUCCGGCACAGAAGACGGCCGGUGCUGAAUCGGUGUUUCUUGAUCCAACUGGUUCGGUGAGCGAUGGACCUCCACGACCAACAGAUCAGCCGAUGCAACCGGAGAUGUCGCAAGGUGCCGCACAUGGUGCCGAAUCAUCGAGAGCAGAAAACGUACCGCCUCUACGGCGUUCUACAAGAAUAAUAAAACCUCCCCAAAGACUUAAUCUCUAA